AUGGCGAACCAACAACAAGUUAUUCUCUUUGACCUUCCCAGCCAGCCCCCUUGCAAGGCUUGGUCAUUGAACCCCUGGAAGACCCGUCUCCUCCUCAACUUCAAGAACAUCCCCUACAAGACAGAAUGGCUCGAGUAUCCCGACAUCGCUCCCCGUCUCUCCCCUCACCUGCCGCCUAACGAGGAAGGAUCAGCCUACACCAUCCCCACCGUCAUCCUCCCCUCGGGCAAAUACGUGACCGACAGCAAGGUCAUUGCUGAGAAGCUCCAGGCCCUCUACCCCACCCCGCACAUCGACCUCGCCUCUCCUUACCAAGCCAAAAUGGAAGAACUCAUGCCGCAGCUUAUGAAGAGCUUCAGGCCAGUCUACCUGCCGCUCAUUCCCAAAAGCUUGUUGAACGAGAAGAGCCGGCCGUAUUGGUAUGACACGCGAGGCAAGCUGUUGGGAAUGGAGGUGGAUGAUUUUGGCAGGGAGAAUGGCGGGGAGAAGACAUGGGGGAAGGUUGAGCCAGUUGUGAAGGCGGUCACGGCGUUGAUGAAAGAGAAUCCAAAUGGGCCGUUUUUUGAGGGGAAACAGGUGGUGUAUGCGGAUCUUGUGUGGGGGGCAUUUCUGAUUUUCUUGAAGAGGAUGGAUCAGGGGGUGUUUGACGAGAUGCUGAAGAGGAGUGGUGAUAAGGCGGUGCACGAGGCGCUCUUGAAGGGGUUGGAGAAGUGGACUGAUAGGGAUGACCAGUGA